GCCUGCGCAGCGGGCGGACCGGGGCGGUGCGCACAGGCGCAGUCUCAAAAAGGGCACAUUUUGAGCCCGGGCAGUUUUCGCCGUCGGGAGCCGCCGGGAGAGGUCUCGGGGCUGCUCCCCCGCGGGAGGCCGGCGCUGGGUGGGAGAAGAGGGGCGGUGCAGCCGGGGUCUGGCGGCGCCUCAAGCACCUGCCUGCUGAGGGGGCUGCCCACGGGGGGCAGCGGCGGCGGCGGCGAGGGGUCCCCGCAACUUUACUCCGCCGCAGGAAGUCCCUCGAACCUGGACGAAGUGGGGCCGGGGCUGCUCCCUCCGUUACCUUCCGCGCCGUCUGGGGGCGAAAAUGCCGAAGAAGAAGCCCGGACCCAUUCAGCUCAACCCCGCUCCGGAUGGCUCCGCUGUCAACGGGACCAGCUCGGCAGAGACAAAUUUGGAAGCACUUCAGAAGAAGCUGGAAGAACUAGAGUUGGAUGAACAGCAAAGGAAGCGCCUUGAAGCUUUCCUUACCCAGAAACAAAAAGUUGGAGAACUGAAGGAUGAUGACUUUGAGAAGAUCAGUGAGCUGGGAGCAGGAAAUGGUGGUGUGGUCUUUAAAGUGUCUCACAAGCCUUCUGGGCUCAUAAUGGCAAGAAAGUUAAUUCACCUAGAGAUCAAGCCAGCUAUUCGAAACCAGAUCAUUCGUGAGCUGCAAGUUCUACAUGAGUGCAACUCUCCAUACAUAGUGGGCUUCUAUGGAGCUUUUUACAGUGAUGGAGAAAUCAGCAUUUGCAUGGAACAUAUGGAUGGUGGCUCCUUGGAUCAAGUACUGAAAAAGGCUGGAAGAAUUCCAGAGCAGAUACUGGGCAAAGUUAGCAUUGCGGUAAUAAAAGGACUCACAUAUCUGAGAGAAAAGCAUAAAAUAAUGCACAGAGAUGUUAAACCAUCUAACAUUUUGGUAAACUCUAGAGGUGAAAUCAAGCUUUGUGAUUUUGGUGUCAGUGGACAACUGAUAGAUUCUAUGGCAAACUCCUUUGUUGGCACACGCUCCUACAUGUCUCCGGAAAGACUGCAGGGGACUCAUUACUCAGUGCAAUCAGAUAUCUGGAGCAUGGGGCUCUCACUGGUAGAAAUGGCCAUAGGCAGGUACCCCAUUCCUCCUCCUGACUCCAAGGAACUUGAGUUAAUGUUUGGCUGCCCCGUGGAGGGAGAUUCUCCAGUCACAGAGACCUCACCCAGGCAAAGAACACCUGGUCGACCAGUGACCUCCUAUGGACCAGACAGCAGACCCCCAAUGGCAAUCUUUGAACUUCUUGAUUAUAUUGUCAAUGAGCCACCUCCCAAACUGCCCAAUGGUGUUUUUGGUUCUGAAUUUCAAGAUUUUGUUAACAAAUGUUUAAUUAAAAAUCCUGCUGAGAGAGCCGACUUGAAGCAGCUGAUGAUUCAUGCUUUCAUUAAGAGAUCUGAAGCUGAGGAGGUGGAUUUUGCAGGGUGGCUUUGUUCAACCAUAGGCCUUAACCAACCCAGUACACCCACACAUGCUGCUGGAGUCUGAAUAUGGAAGAGCAAAUCCUGUACUGUACAGCUGUUAACAACAAUGCUAUUUUGGUCCUCUUUCCUCAGCUUGUACCUGUUCAAACAUGUGUUUCACCUAAAAGGAAGAAUGUCUUUAUAGCAUGUGCCAAAUGGUUUUAAAUUUUGUCAUAAACUACUUGGUAUUGUAUUGGAUCACAUUCGUUUACUGACCAAACCAUUCAGAUGUUUAAGUUACAGUGCUUGCUGAUUUUAAGUGAUUAUGGAUAUUCUUUCUUAAAUGAAAAUAGCACUGGGAGGGUACUUACCCCUCCCCACCAGCUUGUUUGAACUUUAACAAGGUUCUUUGUAAAUUGUUGGUACUUCAAUCAUGCUUACCUAAUCUCCCCUGCAAAAAGGAUUAGGGAUGCUCCAAAACUGUUACCUGUUGAGCAUGCUUUUGCUGCUGCCAAAACUGUACCUGAAAGUUCAGGCCUAAUGGUUCCAGUGUUGCUGUUGUUUCAGAGAUCUCUUUCUAGGUGAAGAAGGCAAGACCUCUGUGUUUCCUGGAAUGUACAGGGCAAUAUUCUAAUUGUAGACUUGUUCAUAUUUCUAUAUUUAUUUUUAAAACAUAUCAUACUUGGAUUUAGUGAUGUCUGUCUUUCUAAAUUGAUUUUUAAAAGUCAGUUCUUGGAAGUCACCUCCAGAAUCAAGACAAAAGAUCCAGGCAGUUUUGCUUUCUUUUAACCUAAAAAUUCAUGAACAGCUGUGUUUAGUGUCUAAAGUGUAUGAAGAUCCUCUAUUGUUUUAUUCUCUCAGAUGUUUAGCAAUGGAUUCUCUUAAUAAAUAUAUGAUCAAGUAA